UUUGUAGAUUUUCCCUUUCAGUUUUUCCUUAGAAAAAUAGAAAAAGAAAAUUUUGAGAGAAAAAUAGAUAAUAAUUUUGGAAAAGAGCAAGCAACUUCAGUUAUACAAAACAACAAAUAUCAGCGGCCCGAAUCGAUUUGCUGCAGACAGAGACUUUAACGCAAACACAAAUCCCCAAUUUCAGCGAAAACCAGAGAAAUAAAAGAAGAAUUUUAUUUAAGAAAAAAAAAACAUAAAUUCCUCAAUUGAUUUCUAUAUAUAAUAAUAAUAAUAAUAAUUAUUAUUAUUAGAAGAAGAGGAAGAAGAAGAAGAAGAAGGAGAGGAAGAAAGAACCCACUCAUCUCUGGGCCCUACAAAUGGAGACUGCAGGGCAACCCAGUGGUGGAGGAGGAGGAGGAGGAGAAGAUCUAUCAUCUCUUUCAUCAACCCCAGCCACCGUAAUUUCACGGUGGACUUUCACCGUCUCCCAGCGUUAUCAGCAUCUGCUUGAUAAGACAGUACCUCACGUCCUCCGCCGUUGGAUCGCUUGUCUUGUGGUUGCAUUAAUCUACGCUCUACGCGUGUACUUCGUCCAGGGUUUUUAUAUAAUCACCUAUGGUCUAGGUAUCUAUAUGCUUAAUCUUUUGAUAGGGUUUCUCUCCCCUCAGAUUGAUCCUGAGGUCCUUGAUGGUCCCACUCUUCCUACUCGUGGAUCCGAUGAGUUUCGCCCCUUCGUUCGCCGUCUCCCUGAAUUUAAGUUCUGGUACUCGAUUACCAAGGCUUUCUGCGUUGCUUUUCUCAUGACAUUCUUUGAUGCCUUCAAUGUACCUGUUUUCUGGCCAAUACUCCUCUUCUACUGGGUCUUACUAUUUGUUCUCACUAUGAGGAGACAGAUAAUGCACAUGAUCAAGUACAAAUACGUUCCAUUCUCCAUUGGUAAACAGCGGUAUGGCAAGAAGGCAACUUCGACUGACAGCAUAAGCCUUUCUAAGGAUUGAAUUCCUCAGGUAAAAUGCUUGAAACCUUUGGUUGUUGUAGAACUUUGACAGCUAAUUUUAGUGCAACUCAGAGUGGUCAUUCUUGUUCAUCAGAUUCCCCACAUUUUUACUUGGCAAGCUCGCCUAUAUCCUAGAUGAAAUGCAACUUUGACAAUGCAAAGUGGUCCAUAAUGUUAUUUUUGAAGAAGAUUUUGUAUAUAUGGCAGCUUUUUAUGUUUAUGAGUAGUAGCUUAUAGAGGGGAGUUGCUUUAAGCAAUACUAAAGGAUUAUGUUAAAUUCAGUUAGAAAUUGCUCUUUCUUGGUUGAAAAUGCUAAUAUCUCAUUUGGGGUGAAACAGUUGUGCAAUAAUUUCUUCAUA